AUGGUGGGAAAAAAAUCGGGCAAGGCUCUUCGGGAUGAAGGCCUGGAGCGGACGGACAACAAUAUGGAUCUUUCCAGCUGGCCGCAAGUCCCAGCUAUCAACCAGAAAAACUACUACACCGAUUACCUCAAGCGUGACGAUCAGUACUUGGCAUUUAGAUUGCAAAACGAAGAAGCGAGAACGAAAAUGACAAAGUCCGCGAAGGAUCGGGAUCGCGCCCUUGCAAUGGCAAAGACCAAUGACACGGCGGAGGCGGAGGCAGAAGCAGACGGCGAUGCCAACAUGGAAGAUGCGGAGGAAGAGACACCCGCCGAGACAGUGGGGUCGAAAGUGAUUGUCAUUCAUAUCGGUAGCCAAAAUCUGCGAAUUGGAUUGUCGAGCGAUGCUUUGCCGAAGACAGUACCAAUGGUGAUCGCGAGGAAGGCGAAAACGAGCGAGAGCGAAGAUCAGGAGGAACCCAAUCCGAAACGACAGAAGCGAGAAGAUGGCACAUUUGAAGAACCAGAGCUUUUGUUUGGACCAGAUUGGUCUGCCCACUUUAACAAGAUGUCGGCCGAACUGAAAGUGCAUAUGCGCCAGAACAAGCGAAGAAUGUUGCCCAACUCGAAGGAAAUGGUGGUUAAUUUCAAUCGAAGGACUGUUCCAGAGACAAUUUCUGAACACAAUGAUCCAAUGCGCAUUGAAUGGACCGAACUAUCGAAUCCACCACCGGAGUACAUUGUCGGACAGCCCGCAUUGAGGGUCCCAGACUCAUCAAACCCCCGCUACAAACUCUACUGGCCAUUCCAGAAUGGAUGCUGCAAUGAAAAAGACUAUGCGAGCAAGCGGAUGUUGUUCUUGGAUAUUUCUUUGAUUCUCGAAGAUGCUAUCAAGACCCAACUUGGCCUCACUAGCAAGAAGGACUGGCCCCAGUAUUCCUGCGUCUUUGUCAUUCCUGAUCUCUAUGAAAAGUCCUACGUCACCCAGGUACUAGAUAUGUUGAUGCGGGAGUUCGCGUUUGCCCGAGUGUGUUUCAUCCAGGAGAGUCUCGCUGCAACUUUUGGCGCCGGUUUUACCUCAGCCUGCGUGGUCGAUAUUGGAGCACAGAAAACAUCCAUCUGCUGUGUGGAAGAAGGAAUGUGUGUGGAAAACUCUCGAGUUAAUUUAAAGAUGGGUGGUCGUGAUGUCACUGAAACCUUCAUCAGAAUGAUGCUUCAUGACCAUUUCCCCUAUGCAGAUAUUGACCUAUGGCGGAGAUAUGACUUCCUGCUAGCAGAGGAGCUGAAAAGGAACAUUUGCACAAUGAAUGAAGCCAGUGUUUCUCCCCAGGUCUUUGACUUCCACCUCCGUGUCGCUGGGCAAGAUACACAGAAGCACACCUUCAAAGCCUUUGACGAAGUGCACCUGGCACCAAUGGGCUUUUUUGAGCCAAACAUCUUCGACAAUUCACAGAAACUUGCUUGCCGGCGCAAGUUAAUUGAUCGUUCUGUUGACAUCUAUGACGGGCAAUCCAAUGACCCUGUCUCUGCUGCCCAAUCUGAAAUUCUGACUGCCCUCGCUCCACAGCGUCCCAAAGCCAAUGGGGAAUCACAUUCGACCCCGGCCGAUGUACAAGCAACCCCAAGCAAGCCUCAGCAUCCCAGUGCAUUGGGUCGCGUCCAGGAUCAAGAGGCUACUCCCCACUCCUCCGCUCCGGGUUCACCUGCACCAGAGGUGGCCGGCACUCCGCAGGCUAAUUCUAGUGCUGUUGCCACAACAUCGACCGCCCAGGCAUCUCGUCCGACAGUUGAAUACCACGAUGAUGUUUUGCCUGUGUAUCCUUUGGAUAAUGCAAUCUUGACAUCUAUUGCGCAUGCUGCUCGCUCGGAUGAGAAGAAGAUGCGGGACUUCAUUGGAGGUAUCAUGGUUGUUGGUGGAGGUACCUUGACCAGCGGAUUCCACCUAUUCCUUGAAGAGCGUCUCCAAAGCCUGCGCCCAGGAUUUGCUAAGGAGAUCAUGAUUGGAGUCCCGCCCAGAGAUUUAGAUCCACAGGUUGUUGUGUGGAAGGGUGCAAGUAUCUUUGGAAAGCUGAGCGGAACGAAUGAUAGUUGGAUUGGGCAGUUAGAGUAUGACCGGCUUGGUCACAGGCUGAUGGCCUACAAGUGCAUGUGGGCAUAUUAG